AUGACCCCAUCGUCAUUGUUGAUCUCAUCGGUGAUCGAUGUCACGUUUAUCGUUGACAUUCUUAUCAAUUUUCGUACGACGUAUGUCAACAGCAAUGACGAGGUCGUGUCACAUCCUGGUAAAAUCGCCGUCCAUUAUUUCAAAGGAUGGUUCGUCAUUGAUUUGGUCGCUGCGAUUCCUUUCGAUCUUUUACUUGUCGGUUCCGACACUGACGAGUUGCCCACAAGUGUGUCGACUGUGUCGAGUAUCGACAAAACGACGACGCUUAUAGGAUUGUUAAAAACGGCGAGAUUGCUCAGAUUGGUACGGGUAGCAAGGAAAAUAGAUAGGUAUUCGGAAUAUGGUGCCGCCGUUUUACUUUUACUAAUGGCGACAUUCGCUCUCAUCGCUCAUUGGUUGGCUUGCAUAUGGUAUGCGAUCGCAAAUGCGGAAAGAUCAACUCUCAAGCACAAAGUCGGUUGGUUGGACAUACUUGCAAAUGAUACUCAUCAAUUUUACCAACCUAACAACACUGGCGGUCCUUCAAUAAAGUCCAAGUACAUAACAGCUUUAUAUUUCACAUUCUCCAGUCUCACGUCUGUCGGAUUUGGCAACGUCGCACCAAAUACGGACACGGAAAAAAUUUUCACAAUAUGCGUCAUGUUGGCCGGAUCACUCAUGUAUGCCAGCAUAUUCGGUAACGUGUCGGCCAUAAUUCAACGUUUGUAUUCCGGUACGGCGAGGUAUCACACUCAAAUGCUUAGAGUGAGAGAAUUCAUAAGGUUUCAUCAAAUUCCAAAUCCGUUGAGACAAAGACUGGAGGAAUAUUUUCAGCAUGCUUGGACGUACACGAACGGCAUCGACAUGAAUUCGGUUCUCAAAGGUUUUCCGGAGUGUUUACAAGCGGAUAUAUGCUUACAUUUAAAUCGAAACCUUUUGGCAAAUUGUUCAGCUUUCGACGGAGCAUCGCCGGGUUGUCUAAGAGCAUUGUCGUUAAAAUUCAAAACAACUCACGCUCCACCCGGUGACACGUUGGUGCACAAAGGUGACGUUCUCACGCAUCUACAUUUCAUAAGCAGAGGGUCUAUCGAAAUACUAAAGGAUGACAUAGUCAUGGCGAUACUCGGUAAAGAUGACAUUUUCGGUGAAAAUCCUUGCGUGUAUUCGACGAUUGGUAAAAGUUCAUCGAACGUUCGAGCACUCACGUAUUGCGAUCUUCACAGGAUACACCGGGAUGAUCUUUUGGAAGUUCUUUCACUCUAUCCGGAAUUUUAUCAUUCUUUUUCUAGAAAUUUAGAAAUCACGUUCAACAUGAGAGACGUAAGUGUUGUUGUUGUUGGUUGUUGUUUGUCGUAA